AUGGGCAUUAACAACCCUCUCCCGUCGUCUAUGGCGUCGGAGUGCAAGAAAUGUGGCAAGAUUUUGGCGUCUUUUAUCGACCCGCGCCAAGCAUAUGGUCCCGACAAGGUCAUACCGCCACACAUUUUGGCAGAGGCUAAGGCAAGUUCUUAUUUCAGCCGCGGGCUCGCCAUCCUCACCGUCAUCAAGGCCGGCUUCGUGGGCAGCGCCCGAUUCGGCAGCGGCCUGGUGAUCGCCCGCCUCCCGGAUGGCUCAUGGAGCGCACCCAGCGCCAUCGCCACGGGUGGCGCCGGCGUGGGCGGCCAGAUUGGCUUCGAGCUGACCGACUUCGUUUUCAUCCUAAACGAUGCCGCUGCCGUCAAGACCUUCAGCCAGAGCGGUAGCCUGACCCUCGGCGGCAACGUCUCCAUCGCCGCCGGGCCUGUCGGCCGCAAUGCCGAGGCCGCCGGUGCUGCCAGUCUGCACAGCGUCGCGGGCAUCUUCAGCUACUCCAAAACAAAGGGUCUGUUCGCCGGCGUUUCGCUCGAGGGCUCCGCUAUCGUCGAGCGCAAGGACGCAAACACCAAGAUGUACGGCCGUCCCGUCACGGCGCGGGAACUACUGACCGGUAGCGAGCGGGCUCCCCCAGCCGCCGCUCCGCUCAUCAACAUCCUUACCUCGCGCGCCUUCAGUGGCGUCGGUCGCAGCGGCUCCUUCAACGACGGCAUGUACAACGAUACCCCACAGUACGACAGCAAUCGCGACAACGUUGUCUGGGAGAGUCGGAGAGGAAGCGCAUACGGGGAAGCAGCAUCAUCUAGAGGUGCGAAAUCAGGGGCCAGCGAGUUUGGCGCGCCGAAGCGGUCCGCGACCUGGCAGCACGAUACUCAUAACAACAACGAUACAUACGAGUCACCUUCCCGGUUCGGCGCAGCCGGAGUGUCAAGGUCGAACACCAUCAACGAUACGAGGACUACGUCAACAUACGGUGCCUCUACUGCUGCUGGUGCUGCUGGGCCUCGUGGCCCAAAACCCCCGGUUGCUCCAAAGCCCAAUUUUGCCAGCAAACCGGCAAUGGUCCAGAAAAACCAGGCUGUAGCCCUCUUUACUUUCGAAGCCGAUCAGCCAGGAGACCUUGGUUUCAAGAAGGGAGAGAUCAUCACAGUGGUCAAGAAAACAGACAGUGAUAACGACUGGUGGACCGGCAUGAUAGGUACCAGGCAUGGUACUUUCCCAAGCAACUAUGUCAAGAUGCAAUCUUGA